AUGUCCAUUUUCAUGAGAGACACUUUCCUAGAUAUUGAGGUUCACAGAAUAUCUGUAACCAGAGAUGUCCAUUUUCAUGAGAGACACUUUCCUUACCAUCUUCUUCAUAAAUCACUUACCCAAAAUUCUCAAACUUCUAUUUACUCACAUGCCAUUUUCCUUCCUGCCUCCUUUUCACUAAACACAUUUGACUCCCUUGAUUUUUCUUGUCCUGAAUCUAUUUUCCCUUCUCAUGAUGAUAUCUCAUCUUCACCUGUUAACUCUCAUAACACUUCUUCUUCUUCUUCUGAUCCUUCAACUGCCCUGGAUAUUUCUGAUAUUAACAUACAACCUGAGAUUAGACAAUCUUCCAGGCCAGAUAGACCACCUUCCUAUCUUUCUGCUUAUGAAUGUUACACAGCUACUAAUGACAAUACUGAGAGUGACAGCAGUUGGUGUAACAUAGUUACUGCUUCUGCUUUUCCAUCUGAGUUUCAAGCCUUUUGGCUCAAACCUAAAGAAGUUUGGGUGGAGGCCAUGGAAAAAGAGCUCAAGGCACUCAGUGAUAAUAAUACUUGGGAAUUAUUUGACCUACCUAAGGGAAAGAAACCCAUAGGAUGCAAGUGGGUUUUUAAGGUAAAAUUAAAAGCCAAUGGUGAUUUGGAGAGGUGUAAGUCCAGAUUGGUAGCUAAAGGGUUUAAUCAGAAGUAUGGUGUGGAUUAUCAGGAAACAUUUAUUCUUGUGGUUAACAUUCAGUCCUGCUAUAAUUGGUCAAUCUUUCAAUUAGAAGUGAACAAUGCGUUUUUGCAUGGUGACUUAAAGGAGGAAGUAUAUAUGAGGGUUCCUUAA